CUCGGAAUUUCUCCAAACUCUCAUCAUAUUUUGAAACUUCUUAGAAAUUUCUAUCACUUUCGUCCUCCUCCACCCAAGGCCCCCGCCAUCCAGCCAACGUUACAUCUUUCAUUCUUUGUAAUUUACACACGACUUCUCAUCCUUUUUUCAAUUUGUAAUUCAACAAUUGAGUUGAAUUGGCAAAUUUCUGACCGUUUCCAUUCAAAUUUUAAAGAAUACGGCGUUAAUUCCUUGACAAAAGAAUAAACAUCAGCAUCACCAGCAGAAACAGUAGAGAGAAUCAACGAUGCAGCGAAUCUUCGGCGCAAAGAAACCAAAAGAUCCUCCUCCUUCAGUAUCAGAUGCUUCUGAUCGGAUCAACAAAAGAGGGGAAACUGUUGAUGACAAGAUUAAAAGGCUUGAUGCUGAAUUAGCUAGAUACAAAGAACAAAUUAAAAAGACACGGCCUGGUCCUGCCCAAGAAGCUGUAAAGGCUCGAGCGAUGAGGGUCCUUAAACAAAAACGGAUGUAUGAAGGGCAGCGUGAUAUGCUUUAUAACCAAACAUUCAAUCUUGACCAAGUUUCCUUUGCUGCAGAGGGUAUCAAGGAUGCCCAGCAAACUAUGUCAGCAUUGAAAGCUGCAAAUGAAGACUUAAAAGGAAUGAUGAAGACAGUGAAAAUUCAAGAAAUUGAUAACCUGCAAGAUGAUAUGAUGGACUUGAUGGAUAUGAGUAAUGAGAUUCAAGAAACACUUGGAAGAAGCUACAGUGUACCUGAUGACAUCGACGAAGAUGAUCUGAUGGGUGAACUCGAUGCUCUGGAAUUAGACAUGGAAUCUGAGAGUCAGGGAGUUCCUUCCUACCUUCAGUCUGAACCUGAUGUAGAGGAAGAGCUCAACUUGCCACAGGCACCUACUGGGUCUGCAGCAAUGCCGGGAAGAGCCAAUGUUCAGUCAGAGGAUGAACUGGGCUUGCCUUCUGUACCCCGAGCAUCCCUUCGUAGUUAGAAGGAUGAUGGUGGUAGUUUAAGGAGUUGGCUUGAUACUUCUACAACUCAUUGUGCAGGAUUUUAAUGUAAUGAACUCAAUUGCGCCGAAAUUUGCGGUGGUGGGGGUUUAUGGGGGACUUGGUGUUAAAAUGCGUGGAAUACAUAUACAAACUAUUUUUUUUACUGUUAUAUUGAUUAUAAAUGGUAUCAGUUUUCAAUUUGCCACUUAAAAUAAAUUAUGUAGAGGAGAAAGAUUUAAGGUUUUUUUUUGUUAUUGUUAUCCGACAUUUUCCUGCCUGAAUAGACAUUGUUUUUACCAGCAA